AUGGAACCUCAAACCCCAGUUAUAGUCAUUGUUCCAGGUGCUUAUCACCGACCUAUCCAUUACCGCAAGGUUGCCGACCCGCUACGCGCCCAGGGAUAUGAAGUGCUCUCCUUUGACUUGGCCGUGUGUGGAGAAGAGGUGGACCCCGCGUUGAGCUUCUUCGACGACGCAGCUGUGAUUAGAGAGCAUUUACUUCCACUGCUCGACCAAGGCAAAAAGGCUGUUGUCGUGUCUCACAGUUAUGGCUCCCUGCCCGUGACCGCGCUCGUCGACGGUCUGACAGUUGCUGAACGCACUGAAAAGGGUCUCGAGGGAGGAAUCGCUGCAGUCAUUAGUAUCGCUGGAUUCGUGUUUCCUACUCGCGGCAAGAGUAUCUUCGGUAACGAGCAGAAUCCUCCUCCACAGCCUUACCAUGUCUGGAAGGAUGGUAUUGUGCACCUCCAAGACUCGGCUAAACCGAUCUUCUUUUCCGAUCUCACCCCCGAGGAUGCCGAUGACGCAUGGGCUCAUCUUCACAAGAAACAAACUAUGAAGAGCUUUGAGACAUGGCCGCAGUGCGUGGAGAGUGAAUAUCAAUGUCCGAAGACCUAUAUCUUGUGUGAAAAUGACACAGCAGUGCCACCUCCAUUCCAGGAACAGAUGGCUGGGCUUGGUGGGUUUGACAUUGUUAGAGUCAAGUCAAGCCAUGCCCCGUUCUUGACCAUCCCCGAGGAGGUUGUGGCAAUCGUCACCAAGGUCGCUGAAUCUGUCAACUAG